AUGGCUGCCCUAAAAGAGGAAGACUCCCUUCAUCUGGAGACCGUCCAUUCCGAAAAGGUUGGAGAUGUGGAAAGGAGUGAACGGCCCAUCCAUGUUUCGGCAACUGAGGAGGCCCUUAUACGCAAGAAGAGCUCAAACAGUGCAGGAAAUAUCGGCAAUGCCAAAACCGCUGGUCUCGACAAAGACCUGGGAAUCAGUGAUUCGCAGUGGGCUUGGGUCUUGAACGCUUUCUACAUCUCUUAUGUGCUCUUCGAAUGGACGACCGUCUUCUGGAAACUCUUUCCGGCCCACAUUUAUGUUACUUGCUUGUGCAUCUGCUGGGGUGCUGCUGCCAUGUGUGCAGGGGCCGUUGACAAUAUGGCCGAGUUGAUUGUCUGUCGGUGCCUGCUGGGCGUCUUCGAGGCCGCUUUCGGCGCUGGCGCCCCCUACUUCUUGUCGUUAUUCUAUCAACGACGAGAGCUCGGGUUUCGUGUCUCGAUUCUACUAGGCAUGUCUCCUAUCGCCAAUUGCUUUGCCAGCUCACUCGCCUACGGCGUUACGCAUAUCAGACACUCGACCCUUGAAUCAUGGCGGUUUCUCUUCAUCAUUGUCGUCUUCUUCUUCCUCCCCGACUCCCCCGGCACCGCGAAGUUCCUCUCCGAAUCAGAGCAAACCACGGCCGCGGAGCGCCUGCAUACGGUCGAUCGCACAGCCAAAAACAAACUCGACAGACACCAGGUCUUCGCCGGAUUGACCGACUACAAGAACUAUGUACAUACCCUAAUCCACUUCUGCUGCAACUUCUCGUUUGCAGGCCUCUCGAACUUCCUCCCAACAAUCAUCCAGCACAUGGGGUAUACGUCCAUCAACGCCCAGGGUCUCUCGGCACCCCCUUACUUUGUCUCGUUCUUGUUUUGCGUGGUAGCCGCAUUACUUUCCGACAGAUAUGGACGGAGAGGGCUUGUUAUAGUGUUCUUUUCGACAAUCGGGAUGAUCGGCUACUUGAUCCUUGCGGCGGUCCAAGAUGAGAACAAGGUCUGGCCACGGUACCUCGGCGUCUGGCUGGCAACAUGCGGCGUCUUUCCUGCACUAUGCAUCAAUAUCACCUGGUUGCUCAACAACCAAGGUGGCGAUUCGAAGAAAGGCGCCGGCAUGGCUUUACUGGCCGUGUUUGGACAGUGUUCGAGUUUCGUCAGUAGCACUGUCUUUCCUGAUUCCGAAGGUCCAAUCUAUAUCCGCGGCUGUGCUAUCGGGUGCGCUUUGACGGGUUGCAUUGCGCUAAUGGCAGGGGGGCUGUAUCUGAAGUUGAGCUAUGAGAACAAGAUACGAGACAGGCUUUAUGGGCCGGUUACUGACGAUGUCCGCAUUGAUGUGACAGCAGAGGGUGAUGCGAAUCCCCGUUUUCGGUAUUUGGUCUAG